AUGGGCAACGGCGAGCGCACCGGUGGCCAAAAGGAAGAAGAAAAGGAGGAAGGACAACAAACCGGAAUCUCAAGUAAUCAACCUUGGGCAGGAGGAGCCUCUGGCAGCAAUCAAGUACCUGGUAGUAGUACCCCCAAACCCAGGGAAACGAGCGCUGAAUGUAGGAGCGCAAAAUCGAAUUCGCCUAGUGAUUCACUAACGUCUGCCGGAGUGAUGACGCUGGAGGGCUGCAAAGAUGGGAAGGUACUCUUUGGGUCUUGCUAUAUGCCACAUGAGGAAGAAGAACAGAUAGAGCUUCGGAAGCUGGUAGAAACUGCUGCCAAAAAGAAGCACGCUCUGCUGGUAGGAACUGACGCAAACGCACAUCACACGGUCUGGGAUGGUGCGGACAGACACGACCGAGCAAUAAAAAACUCAACUUACAACCAACAAAUAAAUCCCAACAACGAAAUUAGCACUAGCAAUCUCCAAAAUAACUCUACUCAUAACAGUAAUGAAAAGAUACUUAAGAGAAACUCUUCCAACGAAAAUAUUCCAAACACACCAACUACAUCAUUCAAGUCAACAUCAACCUUAUCCUCCAACAACAAUUAUAAUAUUCACCUAGAAACCGGUUUCCUCUCCUCUAGCAGCAACAACGAUAAUAUCAGCACCUGUAACAUAAACGCGAAAGAAAACAAUGAAAACACCGAUAGAACUAUUGAUCUCGCAGCUAUUAAUGCAGUUGAUAACUACACUACUAAUACCAAGAUUACUUCCUUACUCUGA